UGCCUUUCUUUCCAUUGACUGUCCCAAAGCUUAGAGCUCAUUGGGAGGUUUUAACUUUCUCUGGAAUCUUUUGUUGGUACCUUCAACAAAAUGAAUAAUUACUUUUUAUGUUCCUUUCUCACUUAUUCUAACAGUGUAUUUUGUUUGUUGUCUUUCUUCUGUUCUCUGCCCACCUCAGCGUUGAGAUUAAUAGCUAAAACACUUAAAAAUGAGGUCCUUCCAAAAAUCUACUGCUUUACAGUCUUCCUUCUUUCAUGUUUUUCCUAUAAUAGGCUCUUGCCAAAAAAAAAAAUAGAAGUUAGGUCUAAAAUGCUAAAUUAAAAGUAGUAUUAUACUGGUAUCUCUGACCCAUUUUCAACAUUCUUAAAGUAAGAAAAAAUGAGAUUUGUCACUGCUAUAUUGUUAUGCCCCCACAGCAUACAUGUGCAUAUAUGCUUUGUACUAGGUAAGUGGCUAUGUCUGGGUUUGGCAGAUCAAUGUUGUUGUAAGGGGACAUGCUCCAUAGGGUAAAGGAAAGGCAAAAGGAUGUUCAUCCAAUUCUCUCCCUGCCUCUUCCUUCAUAUCUUUCUAAUCCCAUACUCCAAACAGUAAAUACUGUGUCCUGCAGUGUGUCUUUUCCCUUACACCGAUAGUGGGUGUAUUCAAUCAGUAACACUACCUGUUUCUUGAAAGGUCAUUCUAAGUCUCAUGUUUUGUGGCUUGCAAAUCUUUUAUUAAUUUAAGAAUAAGACAUUUUAGUAGAGAAUCUUUUAGAGGUAAUAAAUUAACUGUUCCUUGUUCUUCAGUAAGUAAGAAUGAAAAUUAAACUCAUUUUAACUGAUUAAUUAUCCAAGGUUCAGUAACUAAAAUCUGCAUGUGUAUAAACUUGCCCAUUUUGGAAGGGAGAACAUCCCUAAGGUGAUAGAAAUGUUUUAAUUCCAACAUAAAAAACUGUCAGGUUGUCCUAAUCAAUUCUGGUCUCUUGCAGUCCACAAAUGGUAUAUGAUUUUUUUUUAAAAAGCAGCUGGAAAAGUGAAAAUUCUUAGAUCAAAAUUUCUCUCUCUCUCCUCUGUCUCUGUAGUACUGGGGAUCGAAACAGCGUCUUGCAUAGGCUAUCCAAAAACACUGUUCCACUGAGCUAUAUCCCCAACCCUUUCAAUCCACUCUACUUUUCUUAUAAUAAAGCACUGUGCAUGUUUUCCAGUGACUUAAAUGCUAUACACUUUUAUCCUUUAGGAUAAAAGUAAACAUUUUUCUUUGGUCUUGUGAAUUGCAGUCUAAAGUGUAACAAAUUAAUGUUUAAGUGUAAUAGGUAUUUUUCACUCAUAAGUACUAAACUGUUCACUGAAAUUUGUUUCUUCUUACUAGGUUUAAGUGGAAACCCUGCAGAUUUAGAAAGAAGAGAAGCAGUGUUUGGAAAGAACUUUAUACCUCCUAAAAAGCCAAAAACCUUUCUUCAAUUAGUAUGGGAAGCAUUACAAGAUGUCACUUUAAUUAUAUUAGAAAUUGCAGCCAUAGUAUCAUUGGGCCUUUCUUUUUAUCAACCUCCAGAAGGGGAUAAUGCACUUUGUGGAGUAGUUUCUGUUGGGGAGGAAGAAGGUGAAGGUGAAACCGGCUGGAUUGAAGGAGCUGCGAUCCUCUUGUCAGUGGUGUGUGUGGUGUUAGUGACAGCUUUCAAUGACUGGAGUAAGGAGAAACAGUUCAGGGGUUUGCAAAGUCGAAUUGAACAGGAACAAAAGUUCACCGUCAUCAGGGGUGGUCAGGUCAUUCAGAUACCUGUAGCUGACAUUACUGUUGGGGAUAUUGCUCAAGUGAAAUACGGUGAUCUUCUUCCAGCAGAUGGCAUACUUAUCCAAGGCAAUGAUCUUAAGAUUGAUGAAAGCUCAUUGACUGGCGAAUCUGAUCAUGUUAAAAAGUCGUUAGAUAAGGACCCCUUACUUUUAUCAGGUAUGAAUUUCUUUCAUGCACUUUGAGCCUUUUCCUUCCCUAAGAGUAACUAAUAUGAAGAGGAGUCAGUAU